GACUAGUUCGGUGCGCUUUCUCCCCGCAGCAGCCACACGCGCUCCUCAGCUCGAGCGUGUUCGUUGACGCUGACUUUCGCUCCGAGGAAGCUUUCCCGCGGUUCCUGCUGCCCUCCGGCCGUUCUCCAUGUAAAUCCGCCUCUCGACGCGCCGACACUCCGCUCUCCGCUGCCCACUGCCGCCUCUCCUCUUUAUCCCGGAGCUCGUUCGUUCGGUCCGGUUCCCGACGCACGGAGGCGUGAUGGAGAAGAUGUCCCGACACGCUCUCCCGCUGAAUCCCGCUUUCCGGCCGCCGAACCCGCACGGAGUCCUGAAGUCCCUGCUGGAGAACCCGAUGAAGCUCCCGCUGCAUCACGAAGCUUUUAAUAAAGACCAGGAGAAGGAGAAGAACCUGGAGGAGGAGCGCAGUGCUCCCCAGUCAGCUUUCCUAGGACCAACUCUAUGGGACAAAACCCUCUCCUAUGAUGGAGACACCUUCCAGCUGGAGUACAUGGAUCUGGAAGAGUUUCUGUCAGAGAACGGCAUCCCGUCCAGUCCCUCUCACCAUCAGCGGGAGCAGCACCAGGCCCACCAUGUCCCACCGCGCCCGCCGGCCAUCAUGACCCCGGUGCCGUCCGCUCCGGCGCGGUCGGUGAUGGACCUCAGCAGCCACGCCUCCACCUCCGUCGUCUCUCCUAACUGCCUGCACAGCAGCCCAGCAAGAGCUGGCCUCCCAAACUCCAGAAACACCCCCAGCCCCAUUGAUCCAGAGACCAUCCAGGUUCCGGUCAGCUAUGAACCCGACCCAGCGGACUUGGCUCUGUCCAGCGUUCCGGGUCAGGAGAUCUUCGAUCCGCGCAAGCGCAAAUUCUCUGCCGAGGAGCUGAAGCCUCAGCCGAUGAUCAAGAAGGCCAGGAAGAUUUUCAUUCCUGAUGAUCUGAAGCAGGAUGACAAAUACUGGGCUCGGCGCAGGAAGAACAACAUGGCAGCAAAGCGUUCCCGCGACGCCCGUCGACUCAAGGAGAACCAGAUCGCUAUCCGGGCGGCCUUCCUGGAGAAGGAGAACUCCGCCCUGAGGCUGGAGGUGGCCGACUUGAGGAAGGAGCUCGGACGGGCCAAGAACAUCCUGGCCAAGUACGAGACCCAGCAGCGGCCACUGUGAUGAGGACAAUUCACACAGGCUUCACACACACACACACACACACACACACACACACACACACACACACACACACACACACACACACACACACACACACACACACACACACACACACACCGGCGAUCCUCACCCCCCUGCAUGCAGUUCUUAUCCCGACUCGACUGAACGUUAAGUUAAUCUCCGGGCAGAAGAUUUUUGUUCCGAUGAGCUUUUACCUUUCAUAGGUAAAAGCUGUGACUUUUGCCUGCACUGAGUCGAGUAAAACACACACUUAUACAUAUAAAAAUAUAUAUUUGUUAGGACUCUGUUGUCCAUAAAGACUCCUCCCAUGGACUUCUGAACCACGGAUCUGAUCCUCUUCAUCACCACCCCUCUGGUCCAGCACUUUUCCAACACUGGGUCUCUCCAACAAACUCCGCCCCCUGCAGGUGUGAUUUCAUACUGCACCUGUUUGUAUGUAUAUAUUUGGCCCUGAAGACUGUGUACAUGAAUAAGCUCUGCCUUCUCCAUGUCAAACUUUCUCCUCUUUAUAUCUGAACCUUUAAACUGUUUCUGAAGUCCUCAACCAGAUUCAAUGUUUAUGGCAUGAAGAAAAAAAAAGAGAAGAAAAAAAGAUAUAUAUAUAUUUAUUUCCUGCUAGAGAUCUAUUUUUUUAAUGUUUACAACCCCCAAAGUAAUGGAAGCUUACAAAUGAGCUUUAAAUCCAUCAGGGAGUAUGUAUUCACACACUUAAAAUUUGGAAUAUCUUUAGAACCCAAAGAGAUUCAGCACCUUCUCUCACCUUGUUUUAGAGACCGCUGGUGGUGAAGUUUAAGAAAAAAUACGUUUUUCAUCCAAAUGGAUUUUUGUCAUUUAAACUCAAAAUAAUAAUAAAAAAAAUGUCAUAAGAAACAUUUUCUUCAAAAUCUAGAUAAACCUGAAUGAGUUGGAAAGGAACCAAACCCUGUGCAAACCAGCUGACUGGAACAAGAUAUUUUCUGAAUGACCAAUUCUGUUAUCUUUCUAGAAUAAUAUUUUGGUGUUUCUUUUUUAUUUAGUUUUUUCCCCCAUGUGAACUUUCUCAGAAUUCAUCGUUCAGAAAGCGUGAUGAGUUCUUAGGAUCUGCGACUCAGCUUCCUGGCUUAUCUAACAAAAAGCAUCAAAAUAUUACCAUCUGAACUGUUAACGUGUUUUAAAAUAAAUCCUUUAAUGUGGGUGUAAAAUACACAGAGGGUGUUUUUUUUUUUUUUUUUUUUACAGUUGUCAGGCUUAGACGUGAAAACACGGACGAAACGGGAUUAGCACCUAGAAUGAAUGCCAGGGCUUGGACAACAUUCAAUGUGGAGAUCAUACAAAUGCAUCAAAAAACUUAUUUCAUUUCCUGUUGUGAGUUCCCAUGACAUCGGGUGGUUGGAGUUAGAACAGCACAGACGACAAACAUGUCACCGUGGCCUUAUGUGGGAAUAAUACAUGUCAUUCUGUUUUAAAACCCACCAACUUAGAGACCAAACUACAUCUAAAAUCCAUCAUUCUAUUUAGGUGCUAAACUCUGGGCUUUGUUUUUUUUUUUUAGGUCAGUGGCUAUAUUUCAGCACAUGCAGCACCGUGUUUACACAGGAAUAGAUGAUCUUUGUGAAUAUAUUUCAGGAUUCCAGCUGAGUUCUUGAGGUUUUUUUCAGCCACAGUAGAACACUGCAGCUGCCACAGAAACAGACUCUGUCUAAGCGUUCUUGCAGUUACGAUGAGGCCGCAUGCGUUGGUCGUUACGGGACAAAUUGUAAUCACAAUAGAACGUUGAACAAGUUGAGAAAUGUCCAUCGUUUUCGCCAGUUUUGACACCACCAUUUGAAUAUAUAUUGAUGACUGGCAGAAAAAUGGCGGCGAUUAUGAUUAGCUCAGUGUUUUGCUGCUUUCUGAUUGAACUUUAUUGUGAUAUGUACCUGUGCUGGUUUAAUUUCUCCAUUUGAUUCUUAUAAAACGAGUCUAUAUAAGUGAGCACACUUAUAUAGUGUUGGAAAAACAAUUUUUAACUCAGCAGAAGUCUGAAAAUAUCAUUCAAACAGCUGCAAUGUUAGUUUCCGGAGUGUAAAUGAAUUCACUAAGUGAAUAUAAAGUCUGAAUCAUCCAACAUUGAAGUUAAAUGGCUAGUUUCUCAAAUGAAGCAGAAAGCAAUUAGAUGUAGUUUGUAGUUAUCCCUUGCUUUCAUUGUCCAGCUGACAAAACUGUCCCAAACUAAAUGUGUCAAUGAUGCAGAGAUAAUCCAGCAGCGCAGCUACGAAAUGACCUCUGCUGAUCUGCAAGUUUAAGUUCUGCUGUAAGUAGUAGCUUUUUUUUUUUUUUUUUUUUUUUUUUUUUGCAACUGUUAGACUUAGAUUUAUAUGAGAAAUGAUUUCUCUAUUUCAACAUUCAUAAAAAUAAAAAAGAAAGAAAACAUUUUUCCUCCCCUGCAGGUAAAGACACUGACUACUGAUCACUCUCUCAGAUAACCCCGGUCAGCUAGCUGGUAGGAACCAGUUAGCCCAGGAGACACUUUGGCGCAUCACAGGACCUAAACCAGUACAUUUUAAAUAAAGAAAAGUAUUUCCUUACAGUUAGAAAAUGUUCAGAGUUUCAACUUGAAACAAAUUAUGAAGAACUUUUAACAAUUUUCCAAUUGUUAGCCGUUUUGGUCUGGUUCAUUCGAGUCAUUGGGUCCUCAAAGGCUCUGCUUUGCAACAAAGCCCAACCCAAUGGCAGGCCGAGCCAUGAAUGUACAUUUAUAAUGUUUUUAACUGGAUGGAUUUGUGCUAUACUGUGGAACACCUUGACAUUCUUUACCAAAGACCAAACAGAAAUGGAAUAUCAAAGAAUAUAUUGAUUAUAUCAAAGAAUAUAUUGAUUAUACGAGGUUUUAAUGUUUAUACAGAUUUAUUCUUGUUUCGUGUUUUUUUUUUUUUUUUUGUACAGUUCAAUAUUACCUGUGUAUUUUGGAACACCUUUGUAAAAAAAAAAAAAAAAAAAAAAAACAUAUCUAUUUCACAUGUAUUAUUAAUAUAUAAAAGGAUGGCGUUCCCACACGGUCUGGGCAGUGCAUGGGCAUUACGGAAAUGAUUCCUUUCCUCCCAGUGUCAUUGAAAUACCUCAGAUUUCUUGUUCAGGUUCCACAUCGGUCGGUCGCUCGGGCGCCAUUUGCCUUUCCCCCUUUCUCUUCAGUUCUCAGUUCUGCCUCCGUGUAGAUGGAUGUACAGUUUCUGCACAAAAGAAUGUAUUUCCCUCCCAAAUGGUUAUUUUUCCUCCUCCUAUGUUUAUUUUCCUCCCUUUUUUUAUUAUUUUUUUUUUUUCGUUGGUUUGUCACUGUUGUUUCUCUUUAUCUCCAGCAUCCUAUGGUGGUUAUUAACACUUUUCCUUAUUCUAACUGUGUUAUGUUUCUCAUGGUCAAUAUAUUUAAAAAAAAUAAUAAAACUCUCAAUCCAUAA